CAGUUGCCGGCAAGCUCCGUUCAUUCACUGGCAGCAUCAUGGUGAUCCAAGAGAUUGCGCAAGAGUGGGAAAAAAAAAAACUUCACAGAUGCAGAGAGCGUUUGGCUUUAUCAAAGAUCUAGGAAUGUGCAAGCGAUUCUUUUUUGUUUUUCCUCGUCUUUGUCUUCUGCUGAGGCGGACGGAAUCGCAGCUAUGGCGUUGCAGGCCGGGGCCAACCUGCGCUUGUCUCCUCACACCCUUCGCUAUCGCCACCAGGGCACCGUGAGGAUCAAGCUUGCAACCGAAGCGCGUUUCAGUGGUGGCGCCAGUGGCGUGUCGUGCUUCAGCCGGAGCUCUGUGAAGCAAUCCGCAAAGAAUCCAUGUCUGGUGUCUUUCGAGAAGGCUUCCGCAUUCCUGCCCAGUGUCAGCGACGUGAGCUCGCAAUUGUCGAUCCUAGAUGCAGGGUCUAGGAGGGAUUUUGAGCAGGGGGGCAGGGGGUCAAGGAGAGAUGUGGGGGAUAAUUCCUCGAGUGUGGCCAGGGCUAGCGCGGCCGGGGUGGUGGCCACCGAUGGAGAGGUGCCGGCGAAGAAAGUUUCGCAAGGAGUGAAGCCUUUGCCGUUCGUGUUAUCGGUUGGGGUUGGCCUUGCAUUGCGGUACUUGGUGAAGAAGCCCGAGGCCGUGACAAUGCAAGCUUGGCAGCUGCUUGCGAUUUUCGCAUCGACCAUCACGGGAUUGGUGUUGUCGCCACUUCCUGUGGGAGCAUGGGCGUUUCUCGGAUUGACUGUAGCAGUUGUGACGAAAACCCUGACGUUUGCUGCUGCAUUUGGGGCCUUCACCAACGAUGUCAUCUGGUUGAUUGUGAUUUCGUUCUUUUUCGCGCGAGGGUUCGUGAAGACGGGGCUUGGUGACCGCGUUGCGACCUACUUUGUGAAGUGGUUGGGGAAGAGCACUCUGGGUCUUUCUUAUGGACUUGCGUUGAGUGAGACGCUAUUGGCGCCCGCCAUGCCCAGCACUACGGCCCGAGCUGGGGGUGUGUUUUUGCCAAUUAUCGGCUCCUUGUCACUGUCGUCGGGAAGCAAGCCCGAGGACAAAUCUGCUAGCAAGUUGGGAGCGUAUCUUGUGAUGACGCAGUUCCAGGCAGCUGGAAACUCGAGUGCCCUGUUUCUGACCGCGGCAGCUCAGAACCUUCUCUGUUUGAAACUGGCGCAAGAGCUUGGAGUGAUCGUGUCCAAUCCAUGGGUAUCAUGGUUCAAAGCGGCUAGUGUGCCAGCAUUCAUAGCUCUUCUUACCACUCCCCUCAUUCUCUACAAUCUCUUCCCCCCAGAGGUCAAGGAUACCCCUGACGCUCCUGCCGCGGCUGCUAAGAAACUGGUGGCUUUGGGACCUGUCACUCAGAACGAAUGGUCAAUGGUAGCAACGAUGCUGCUGGCUGUCACUCUUUGGGUCUUUGGGGAGACCCUCGGCAUUGCGAGCGUGGUUUCAGCAAUGUUGGGACUCUGCAUCCUCCUCCUUGUGGGAGUUUUGAAUUGGGACGACUGCCUUAGCGAGAAGUCUGCCUGGGACACAUUGACGUGGUUCGCGGUUCUCGUUGGAAUGGCCGGAAACUUGUCCAGCCUGGGUCUUGUCAAGUGGAUGUCUGACGCUGUUGCUAAGACUUUGGCUUCUUACUCUCUGAGCUGGCCAGCUGCUUUUGGUGUCCUCCAAGGCACAUACUUCGUCUCUCACUAUUUGUUUGCCAGCCAAACUGGACAUGUGGGUGCCCUCUACUCCGCUUUCCUUGCCAUGCACAUCGCCUCUGGAGUGCCCACCAUUUUGGCAGCUCUUGCACUUGCUUUUAACACAAAUCUUUUUGGAGGGCUCACACAUUACAGCAGUGGUCAAGCCGCUGUAUACUUCGGAUCUGGUUAUGUGGAGUUGAAGGAUGUGUUCAAAUAUGGAGCAGUGAUGGCUGUUUGGAACAUCUUGGUUUGGUCUGUAGCUGGAGGUCUCUGGUGGAAGGCAAUCGGCUUGUACUAGAUCAUAACGCGUAAUCAUCCUCUGUACAAUGUCAUUACAUUUGAUAAGCCUGCGUGUGCAUUACAUCUUUUUCGAAUAAUCGAUUUGUCGAAGUUCAUCAAGUUUUCGGGUGAGAACCAAUUUUGACCCACAGAAUCUUACUGUCACGUAAUGUCAAGAAUAAUGACUUGAGAGGUCAACUGAUUUUGUAGGUUUUAUUUUUUUUAUAUUUUUAUUUUAGUCAUUGGUUUAAACUUGACUUGGAACGGAACUUGAGUUGUGAUAAUUGGAAUAGUGUACCCUGUCCUUUGUGUAUUGACUCAUUGUGAUGCUUCACAACCUCAGAAAUUUUAGAAUCGUUAAACAAAGCAGAGCGUUUUAUACAACAAAUAUAAUUUAGGCUGUUCGCCAGAGCAUGAUAAUGUGAGGACUCUGGCUGUUGCUGCCUAAUGAGUUUUUGCUAACUUUCAGCGUCUCAAUUACUUUAAUAGAAUUUUUUGGCAAGAUA